AUGUCUGCGAUAGUUGUUCGCCGUCCACCGCGUAGCAAAGGCUGCAAACAGUGCAUUUCACGGCGCGUCAAGUGCGAUGAGAGGCCUGGAUGCUGCAAACAAUGCGCUCGCUUUGGACUGUCUUGUUCAGGGGCCAUUCGCGGAGCAGUCUUUCUCGACAUGACUGAGAAGGUAUCCCAUAGUAUGUUGAAGCCAAAGAAGAAGAGGAAAAAGAAGACGACAGGCACGCAAAAAGCUACAGAGGAUCUAGGAUAUGAGUUCGUUACCGGAGAUGAGAUUGCAACAUGCUACGUCAGUAUGGAGGAGAGCAGCUGCUCAACAACCUCGCCGUCAUCCUACGGUCCUAUGGCGGAAAGCGAAGAUUCAUCUCUCGACCUUUGUCAGUCUGGCGAUGAGGAUAGAGGCGGUAUGUUUCAAAGUGGUAUGAUGGACACAUCCAUUAAUGGGCUUUCAUUUCCUCUCGGCAGCGAUCAAUUCUCCAACUCAGGCGUCUUAGACUACGACGCAUCUAUUCCGCCGGCUCUUGUCACCUCCGCUUACGAUGAAUACUGUUUUGUGAGCAAAUUUACUCAAACGCUUACCAGCUCACGGCGGAAUUAUUCCACUCUUAGACCAGAAUCUUGGAUACCCAAGCUUCCUUACCUUGUUGCGACAAAUUCGUUACCCUGUCCACUCAAGUAUGCGCUACACGCCGUUGCGCUCUUGUACCAUGCCGUCACUCGUGAUUCUAGAGCCGAAAGGCCCGCCAUUAGAUAUUACCUGGCUGGCAUAGAGAGCUAUCGCUCUGUGGUACUUGGCAGCCAAGCGAGACAAUCGCCGACGACUUCAGUAUCGGAAGAAAAUACAGAUUCAGAAAUGCCUCCGUCUUCGGAUAUUGUAGCAAUUUGUGGCCCAGUGCUAUUUUCAUUCUACGAAGCGCUUCAAGACGCUGGAUCUGACGCAGAGCUACUCCAUCACUCAAUGGCUAUAGAGAUGUUGCAGGCUCGUGGCCCCGCUAAAUGCGUUGAUGGCCUUGCUCAUAUUGUGAUGCGGUCAACGAGGGUUAAAGAGGCAUUCCAUUCCAUUAUGCAAAACCGAUCUGCCAGUUUUUCUUCUCCUGAAUGGCUAUCUAUACCGUUUCAUAAAAAGCACAAGAUUUGCUAUGACAAACUAAUUGAUAUCCUUCUCUCUUUCACAAUGACACUGCGCCUUCCGAAUAUGAAUCAGAAAGGCGCAAAAUUGAGAAAUUCGAUACACCGCAUCCACGAUCUGCCCACAUCUCGCAAAAACAAGAUUGAAGAGAGAGUAAUGAUGCUUCAAGAACAAUUGCAACGCUGGUGGUCAGAAUUUCGAGAUGAGCACUUUAAGAUUAUUGCACAAAACUCUGGAUCCUCGCCCGUUGUUGAUGCUGCUUAUGUAGCUGCAGAUUCCCCAUCGUCUGUGCUGCUUCUAUCGGGGCCAUGGAUGGUGGCUAAUAACGAAACACUCACUUCCAGUAUGGUUUCCAUAUAUAGCGGCAUUCACAUCAUCCUCCACUCCAUUCUUUUCAUUAUCUCAGUAUCUAAACCUCCAGGCUCAAUUCGGCCCAACGGCCAAUCGGAGGUUGAUAAUCACCGGGCCGCAAUCUCGAUGUAUGCAGCAAGCGUCUUCAAUGCUGCCUUGUACCUCAAUAUGGUCAAUCCUUUUUGUGGCGAUGCUGCCCGUACAAGGUUCUCUAUCAAUAUUGUUUCUCAGUUUGCCUUGGAAGACUCGCAGCGGGAUGAAGCUCAACGAAUGCUCUGCCAGUGGAAGCUUCGAGACACGACACCACCUAGAUGA